AUGUCCACCGUCCACGAGCAGGACGAGCUGUCUCGGAAGAUUAUUCUGCCCGAGUCGUAUAGCUAUAAUGGUGCUAAUGGACCGCUGCCAUCAGUUCCUCAUCGACCACUUGAAGAUGUGACACCUCAACCACCUCAGGAAGCCAAGAAGAAUGGAAUGGUGUCAGAAAAUGAUACUCGUUUUGGUCUUCUCGACAAUGAGGAUGAAGAACGGCUACUUGGAGAUUCGCAACCUGUGCUUUCCGAAGAUGAACGACAACGAAUGACCGCUGCAGGAGAACUGUAUGUGAACUUUUUUAUUGUCUGUACUCAACUACUUCCCAAGUUUCAUUGA